AAUGUUUCCUCCCACCAUCCCCCCGCCCUGUCUCUCUCUGUCUCUCUAGCUAUUGGGAGGGGAAGAAAGGAGAGCAUCGCGGCAGGUUUCUCUCCCCAGAAAUCUCGGCGAGGCCUCUAAUGCUAAUGGACAAAGAAAGACACAGAUAGAGAAAGAGAUAGUAGGAGUAAAGGGGAGCUGCUAGGUUGAUAGAGAGGCCAGAGUCAUCGCAGAUGGUUCCUUUGCUUUUGACUUGUGCCUGCCGACUGCUCUCCCCCCUGCCUUCAUUUUCUUUCUCUUUUUCUAUAAAUUUCCUUCUCUUUGGCUUUUGAUAUCUUCGUCAUGGGUGACGACUCCUCCCUUCGAUGACCCACGGCCCGGUAUCCACCGACCUUGAUCCUUUCUCGACUCUUCUCCCCUCUUUUCUACCACGUUUCAUCUUCCCCUGCUUCCCCUGUUCCUGGCCUCGCCGGCCUUGGCUCCACGAAUUCAAUCCUAUCGAGGCAGUUCGAUCCGUUUCUGCUCCUCAGUUAACUUUACGGCAUCGAAGUCCUCCCCCUGGUUUAUCGGAUUGAUUGUUUGUAUGCUUUUUCUGGAUCAAAAUCGCAUCUUUUACGCUUCUCGCCGUCCCAAAAGUGUCUCCUUUCUCUGGAAUGUCCGUCACAAUCGUAUUUUUUUGAUUCCGACGCGUUCGCAGAUCCCGAUUUGUUUGUUACUCUCGAAACCCUGUAUUUAGCCUCUCAUUGAUUCAGUGAAAAAGAAGUGGGCUUCAAUUUCCCCUGUUUUGGUCCGCGCAUGGGUUGCACAAGUUCGAAGCAGGCCCGCCGAGACCGGCAGAGGACCCCGUCUCCGUACUGCUGGAGCUACUCCGGCCCCCUCCGUCCCGCCGCCGUCCUCGGCGGCCGAAGGAAGGACGAUGAUUCCCACGUGGUCACCCUCGCGGCGUCCACCUUCGGCACACUCAAGCUCAACAGCGGCCCGAGCCCCGAAGACCUAGCCGGCUCCGACGAGAAGAUGAUGAAGAGCUCCAACGACCGCGACCGCCUCGCCGACGAGCUUUGCAAGGCCAAGGCCUGGUCGGAGAUGAUCGAGCGCUGGAUACCGAAGACCCCCUCCAAGACCCCACCCAACGAGCCGGAGACCAUCAACGCCUGGGAGCUCAUGGAGGGCCUCGAAGACACCAGUCCCCUCCGCCCCCCCUUCGCCACUGCCGGCGUCGACCGCUCCUUCUCCUUCCACAGCACCCGCGACGCCCUUCCGGCGCCGGAGUCCCUUUCCAGAUCCAGAUUGGCUAACGGAUCAUUCUCCCCAGAGCCCAGCUGGAUGCAGCUCAGCCCUGGCGAUUCGAUCGUCUCCGACUUCGACCCCGAGGUCCUCUCCACCUUCAGGAAGGCCCUCGAGGAGCUCUCUCCGCCGCACCCAGCCCUCGGCCAGUCUCAUGAGCCACCAGAGAAGGUGACAGAGUGGAGAUAUUCCGGCGAUGUCCCAAAAUUCCAUGGAAUUGUUCGAGCUCGGAUCGAUGCAUUUCAAGAGAAGAUCGAUGCGAGGAGGUCUAGUUUCAACUCCAGCGCCGCAAAGGUGGCGCCUUUGGAUAAAUGCCCGCCGGGCAGCAAGGGAAAGGUGGUGAUCUACUUCACAAGCCUCCGAGGAAUUCGGAAGACUUAUGAGGAUUGUUGGUCGGUGAAGGUAAUACUACAAGGAUAUGGCGUUCGCAUCGAUGAGAGGGAUGUAUCAAUGCAUGGGGGAUUCAAAGAAGAGCUGAAUGAGCUCCUUGGCACCGGGUAUGGCUGUUGGAGGUUGCCGAGAGUCUUUGUUGAUGGAAAGCAUUUGGGAGGGGUCGAUGAGGUGCGGCAAAUGCACGAGGCUGGAGAAUUGGGGACGGCAGUGGAGGGCUGCGAGAUGGUGGCUGUUUGGAAAGGCAGCGGCGUCUUGGAUGUAUGCGAGGGGUGCGGCGAUGUGAGGUUCGUUCCAUGCACGACUUGCUCAGGAAGCUGCAAAGUGUAUGUAGAGGAGGAAGAGGAGGAACGUGAGGAGGUGGAUGAGGAGGUCGGAGGGUUCCGGCGAUGCCCGGAUUGCAAUGAGAACGGGCUCGUCCGGUGCCCGCUAUGCUGUUGAGAUUUAGUAGGCUUAAUUUCGGGUGUUGCAGAGUGUUUUAGUGAAGUGCUUGAUGGAUUGUGAUAAUAUGUACAGAGGGGAGAUCAGAAGUGCAAAGCUAAGAGAGCUUUGGAGGAACAUAAGGUUGAGAGUUUUGAGAGAAUCUUCGAGACACAAGUAAGUUCUUCUUCGUCUUUCAUGGCUCUAUUUUUUUCUUCUUUUUUACUUUUCUUUUUUUUACAGGUUCUUUGAGUGGAGAAGACAGAGAAUUGAAGUGCAUUUUAUGUGUAAUAAAGAAAAUUGAAGCAAUGCAAGAUGGAUUUCACUUACUUCUUGUUCUUCUUCUUAUAUGUCGCUUGAAAACUUUGCUUUUUUAGAUAUAUCUUUUUGAGCAGAGUUCUCUCAGACAUAUCUAUGUUCUUUUUCAUUUUCUUUAAUGGCUUUUUGAGUGCAGUAGUUAGGGAAUUAUAUUUCAUUGCUAACAAACUGAAAAAUAUUUAAGCAAUACUACUUGGAUUUCAGUUAUCAGUUGUCUUAUUUUUGUUGUUUUUAUUUUUAUUUUCAUUUGACCUCAAAAUCUGUGGCUUCUUAUCACCUUCCUCUCUGGAUGUUUAUGUUGGCAUCUUCUCAUUUUUUUCGAAAAAUGAGACAUGUUGGAGAUAUCUCUGGCUCUCUAUAUCAGCCCAGGUCCUAAAUUUUGUUACUUUAUGCAUGCCGAUGAUACUGCAGCCGUCCAAAGGUAUCAUUUGUGGAUCCUAAUUUUGUUUGAGGAUCGAAAAGCUCCUUUCGAAGCAGAAAAAGUGUGUCAGCAUCAUCUCAAGUUGCUUUCUCUCCAAAUACAUAAGUAGCACCAAGACUGAUGUCAAGCUAUGGACACUUGUGCAACAGAUCCAGGCGUUAAUGAAAGCAAUUCUGUUAUAUAGUCCUUGUAAGCUAUGAGGGAUCUCUCUUCAUACCGAACAACAGAGAAAACUAGAGAAGAUCUCAUGCAAGAAAAAAAAUGAGGAUAAACAAUUGACAUGGAUAUGCUGUACAUGUCUGAAAAAGAUAUGAUGUUCAGAACUAAAUACUUGCAAUGAUGUCUCUAAUUUAUCAAUGAUAAUAUCUGAGAAUAAGAGUUGAGCUUGUUCA